CUGUACAAUCAUUCAGUUUGGGAUUGAGCUCUGUUUCCUGCCAACUCUCAUUUCAGUAUGGAAGAUUUAGCAACAAAAAGCGCAUGUAGAGGAGUAAAUGGACAGUCGAAAACUGACGAAUCACCUCCUCCUGCUGCUCACAGUGUUGACUCACGCUGCGUAUCCUGCCUGAAAAGCAUCAAGCUCUGGGUACCUGCGGACUACAAGAAUGAAACAGUUCAGCUUUUAAAACUGGCGGGACCCGUGUUGAUUUCCCAGAUGAUGAGCUUCAUGAUCGGCUUCAUCAGCAUGGUGUUCUGCGGUCACCUGGGGAAAACAGAGCUGGGGGGGGUGGCUUCGGCGAUAGCGGUAAUAAAUGUCACAGGUAUCUCCAUCGGCUGUGGUUUGGCUUCAGCGUGUGAUACUCUCAUAUCUCAGACUUAUGGGAGUGGUAACCUAAAGCGUGUCGGAGUGAUACUCCAAAAGGGAGUUCUGAUUCUGCUCUUAGCCUGUUUCCCCUGCUGGGCUGUUCUCAUUAACACCCAGCCCAUUCUGCUGGCUGUCAGGCAGAGCGCAGAGGUCGCCAGACUCGCCCAGCUGUAUGUGAAGAUCUUUAUGCCGGCUCUGCCUGCCUCCUUCAUGUACCAGCUGCAGGGGAGGUAUCUUCAGAAUCAGGGCAUCAUGUGGCCCCAGGUGAUAUCUGGAGUCAUGGGGAACAUUUUAAAUGUAAUAAUCAACUACAUCUUCCUCAACCAUCUGAAUCUGGGGGUUGCUGGAUCUGCAGCUGCUAAUGCCAUCGCACAGUACUCCUUGGCUGUCUUCUUGUUUGUGUACAUGUGCUCCAGGGGACUGCACAAAGCUACAUGGGACGGCUGGUCAGGAGACUGCCUGCAGGAGUGGGGUCCUUUCCUCCACCUGGCCAUCCCCAGCAUGCUGAUGCAUUGUCUGGAGUGGUGGCUGUAUGAGAUUGCAGGGUUCCUGGCAGGCGUCAUCAGCGAGGUUGAGUUGGGAGCUCAGUCUAUAGUUUAUGAACUGGCUGCUAUUGCUUAUAUGUUUCCGAUGGGUUUCUCUGUGGCUGCCAGUGUUCGGGUUGGAAAUGCUCUUGGUGCUGGAAACACAGAGCAAGCAAAGAUGUCCAGCAAGGUCUCCCUCAUCUGUGCAUCUAUUGUCGCGUGUCUUAUCGGAGCUUGUCUUGGUGUGUCUAAGGAUGUGGUUGGUUACAUUUUCACCACAGAGAAAGACAUUAUUCAAAGGGUGGCUGAUGUCAUGAAGAUGUACAGUUUCAUCCAUGUCGCAGAGGCCUUUGCGGGUGUGACUGGAGGUAUUGUCAGGGGGGCAGGGAAGCAAAAGAUUGGUGCUUUGUGUAACUUGGUGGGUUACUACUUCACUGGGUUCCCCAUUGGAGUGUCUUUGAUGUUUCCUGUCAAAAUGGGCAUUGUAGGGCUGUGGACGGGGUUUUUAAUUUGUGCUGUGGUACUGUCCGUAUUUUUUUUAGUUUUCCUGUGUAAACUAAACUGGAGGAAAGCCACUAAAGAGGCGCUGGCAAGAGCUGGAGUCCACGUCACAGAGACAAACAAGAUCUUUGUGAUAGAAAACAAGGCACUGGACACCGGCGAGAAACAGGCCCCCAUAAAGACCAGUCGAUCCAGUUCUUGCACUCCUGCAGAGGGGAAGCUGGAGGCGCUCGAUGCAGGUCAGCAGACCUCAGAUGACAUGGCUCUGUCAGUCAGGCAGCUGGUGGUGCGACGUAGCCUCGCUGUGCUGCUCAUGUUCAUCAUCCUCGCUGCUGGAGUCUUCAUCAGUGAGCUGCUCAUCAGACUGCUCAAAUUAGACAAGUGACCAUUAUUAGACCUUGUUUGUGCAGCAUGAAACAAAGCUCUGUGAGUCUGUCUUCGAGAGUACAGAUGCAUCUUCAUGUUAAGCAGUAAAGCUAGAAAAUAAGAGAGUCUAGGCAGCUUUCAUCUCACCAUCUGAAGCAAUUUGUAAUGAUAAAUUUCCUUUUCAU